CACUCUUUGAGAGAACAGAGCAAGCUGUAGUUUUAUCUACAUUUCCAAGAGAAAUAUGGAGAACAAAAAUACUAGCACUCUUAAUGACCAAAAAACAGAAUCCCCCAAAGAGGAUUCACUUCUCCCCAUCGCUGAGAAGGGACUUUUCUUCCAUGAUUCUUUCUUCGAGGAUAUUCGGAAGCAGUUUGAGACAGCCAUCGACCAAAUCCUGGAUACGUGGGGAGAAGCCAGGCCCGUGAGUGAUCUCAUGAGUAGCUACAGACGUGUAAAAGAGCGCAAUUUGCAGCAAGAGAACCAAGUCAUGGCCUUCAGUGAAGACGACCAGAAUCACAAGGUUGUACUGGAUGUUCAUGACUUCAAGAGUGGAGACGUUAAGGUCAGAGUGGAAGACAAUCAGGUGGUAGUGGAAGGUCGAGUAGAAAAGGAAGAGGACGACUUCAAGUCCAUGAAAAGCUUCUGUCGACGUUUCAACUUCCCAGGCAAAGUGGUUAUGGAGGGCGUGACUUCUGCAAUGUCUUCCGAUGGUGUCUUGACUAUCACGGCUCCGAAGAUUCCACUGGCAGCAUAGAAAAAUAUUUAAUGAGCUAAAAUUACGAUUAGAUGUACGUUUAGGUAACAAUUAAUUUUUCUUCAGGAUAAUGUGGAAAUGAACAA